AAUUAGGAAAAUUUCUGACAAUUAUGCCCCGGUCGUUUGGUAAUAAUUCUUCCGAAGUCCCAACCCAGAAAUCUGUGCUUCAGGCUAUCGCGUCCACUCAGCUUCAUCUUCAGCUCACAAUCACACUCUUGCUCUUCACAAAUUUUUCUCAGAUCGUUUUCCAUUUACAUAUAAAUUUCAGAAGCUGCUGGGUUUUUCUAUGGCCUGUUCAGUUUCGGUUCAAACCUUUUCAAUCUCUUCCAAAGCCCAUUUACCCCCCGCGUCAUUUUCUCCACAUUCCACCCAAUUAUUUUUUCUUGAAAAUGGAUACAAAAAUGGCAAAAGUGGAAAGUAUUUCCGAAAGUUGAGAGCCAUGGUGCAGCAGGCCGUGCAAGGCUCUUCAGCUGUGUAUGCAAAAGAGAUGGAGAGGCUCUCUGCUAAAGAAUCUCUACUUCUUGCUUUCAAAGAUGCCGGGGGAUUUGGGGCAUUGGUCACUGGAAAGACAACGGAAAUGCAAAGAAUUGAUGUGAAUGAGAGAAUUGUUGGUCUUGAGCGGCUGAGUCCUACGCCUCGACCCACGACGUCCCCUUAUUUGGAAGGCCGGUGGAAUUUUGAGUGGUUUGAAUCGGGAAGCUUGGGGUUCAUUGCAGCUCGUUUGCUGUUUGAGAGGUUCCCUCCCGAGUUGGCAAAUUUAUUGAAAGUGGAUGUGGUGAUCAAGGAUGGAUACACGAAAGUUGCAGCAAGUUUGAAAUUAUUAAACUCGAUAGAAAGCAAAUUCAUCAUCUCUAGCAAACUAUCCGUGGAGGGACCCCUUCGGAUGAAAGAGGAAUAUAUUGAAGGGUUAUUAGAAUCCCCAAAAGUUGAUGAAGAAUCUGUGCCUCAGCAGCUAAAAGGCGCUUUAAGUCAGGCAGUCACCACCGUUCAACAGCUUCCGCUUCCUAUUAAGGACAUUCUAGUCGGUGGAAUGAAGGUCCCUCUUGGUGGGACACUUGAGAGAUUAUUCAUGAUUUCUUAUCUUGACGACGAGAUCCUGAUAAUAAGGAAUAGUGCCGGGAUCCCAGAAGUACUCACCAGAUUAGACCCUGGACCAUCACCCUUGGUAUGACUGGUAGCUGAAUGAUCAAUCAAUCUUGAAAGGAGCACAAACUGCAGUUUUUUCAUUUUUUUUGUAAUUUUUAGAGAGAUCACAUUUAUACUUGUCACCAUUGAUGUCCCAAUAAACAUUAAGUAUAUUGACAAGAAACUCUUGUUGUAUUUUUCUCACUCGGUCGUUUCAAUAUAAUCUCUNAUCAUUUGUUAUGUUUU